CAGUUUAAGGUUCAGCCUGCUCCGGUACCUCUCAUGCGGUCAUUCUCGGAUCAGAGCAACCAACAUUCUUUAUGUCCAGGCAGAACAGCUCGCAAGUUUCCUCACUUCGCUUAUCCCUCUGUUCAUCCAAUCAACUGGACAAACCACAUGGACAUUACCAACAACACUCUCACAACAUUCGAGCUGAUAAAUCCAAAGGAAACUUACUUCAUAUGUGACGAACUCGAGUUGCAUAUAUACGCACGAAAUGGACGUAACGAGUCCAAACAAUAUGGCGGUGACUUAUUUCGAGCAAAGAUUUUCACCACAAAUUCAACUUACUCCGCUAGUUCGUCAACUGACGGUGAGAUUGUUGAUAAUGGGAAUGGAACAUAUAAUGCCUAUUUUACACUUAAAUGGACAGGCGUUAUCAGUAUAUCUGUAUCUUUGAUUUAUUCAAGUGAAGCUACAUAUGUUUUGGAUCGUAUACGCACUGAAAACCAGCCAAGAAUAGUGUACUUUGGCGCAUUCGAGUCCGAAAACAAAACCCAAAAGGAAGGUUUUUGCAAUAUUCAACUAAGAAGACCUAUGAAGGAGAAUGAAUUUUGUGACUUUACCGAUGAAACGACUGGUUCACCAUGGUUUUGUGAGAAGCCAGUUGGCUUCGGUUGUAGUGACUGGAAGAAACACAGGAUUGACGGAAAUAAAUGUGAAAAGCAAGCUAUACAGGUGACGAAUGCGACGGAAAGGGAAGCAUUUAAAGUGUAAGAUAUUCCAUUUCAUUUAUAGCUAAACUUUGAGAAUAAACAGUUGGAACUACACUGUC